AUGUCUUCUCUUAUUGAAUUACGUCCUAACCGACGACUUUUGGAUCAUGAUUUUGAAGGUUACAAGCUAAAUUUACAAGCUUUACCACAUUUUUCUCAUGAACUGCUUAUGCCGGUCGACAAAGUGUAUCCAGAUGAAGUUCAGUACUCGUUUGUCCACGCUAAACUAUUCGCACUACAUAAUCAUUUAGUUUUAGAUUAUUGGGACUACGUACUGAAUUACUAUUACAUUGACAAACAACAAAAAAUACGUCGUGUUUGUUUCGACAACACAAAUCAAUCGUUCCAUAACCAAGUUGUUUACGACGUGCCCGCACAUGUUGAGAGGACGUCUGGCCACUUCAACCUCUGUUUGUCUUUCCCAUCAGAUAGUGUAGCCGUAGUCAGUGACGGGACAGGAUAUUUGCACAUAGUUGAUACAGGCGCAAGAAAUCGCCCCUGUGGUAGAAACCAAACAUGGCAAACAGCUCAGUCAAGUCUGAUUCUUGGUGAAGGCAAAUAUUUCAUUAUAAUGGACUCCAGAAUGCAAGAAAAAGACAAUGUAGAGACGUUACACUGCCUUCUCCAAUCGGUUGAGCAGAAUGAGUCACACUUUGACUCUGUACUUACAUGGGUCACUUUUGACAAAGAUGACGAAGAGUGGAAGCAGAUGAGUUUCAGACAAGUACAAGGCAAAGGCAUUGUGCACUAUGCUGCCAUAGAAACAAGUUGUACUGCACUGUACAUUGCUUCUGACAACAUAUUCAAGUUCACCUACGAUUCUGAGAAGGAAAUUGUUGCACCAUCCACAGAGUCACCUCGGACUGUCAUCUACACAUGGCUCCAGACAACAGAAGACAUCACAAUUACUUUAAAACUUGAGUCCAACUUUAACAAAACACUUCUGAUUGUAAGUGUUACACCAUUGCACAUAAAGCUGAGCUACGCUGGCAAGACUUUUGUUGAUGGAAAACUGAAGCACAAAGUGGACAGUGAACUAACAACAUGGAACAUUCAAGACAAUGGCCAGGUUGAUGUUCUCCUGACUAAAUCUGAGAGCAUGAUGUGGGAAGACCUGGUUGAGGGUGGAGACCCCAAUGGGGAGCAAAUUAUGGAUGCCAGCUUAGUAGAGGAGGCACACAGACGGCUGGCUCAUCUGUGUGCUGAAACUGAAGUAAUGGCUGACUCUGCUGUACCUGGAUUGUCUACACAGGAGUUAGAAGAAUGUGAUGCAGCAUCUGAGGAGGAUACAGUUAUGGUGAGACUGGAUGCAACAACUCACAGUGUGACACACAGAGCACCACUCAGUGUCCAUCAAUACUUAUUUAGCAUCAAAAUUGAAACGCAAGAAGUGCCAGCCCUGGCUCUAAGACAUGAUGUGGAUGCUUGCAUCUGGCAACCCUAUGCACAACUAGUAAACACCAGCACAUGGCCAGUGAAGCACCAGGGCUCUCUCAGUGCAUUUGGCUAUGUGCAAUCAUCAAAACAAAACAGGAAGUUUGUGACAUGCCCUCCUAACUUCUCGUACAGUGUUGUAUGUGAAGCUACCAGGCACAUAUUCAUAUAUCAAACCAACAGUAGCCAAGACUGUCAACUCAGGAAGAGGACCGGAGGCACCAUGAGGACCAUAAAAAUUGGCCAACAACAUGUAUUUAAUAUUGAUAAAUAUGGAGAAGUACUAGGAAUCAGUGCCACCAAUGAGUAUUUAUUUAUAUUAACAGAUACCCAUUUAGUAGCUAUACAAAUACAGUAA